AUGAUCCUGAUAAAUAUCAAUUUGAACGGAUGGCAAUCCAAAUACCAAAUUCUGACAUUGGUAGUGGCACUUUUAGUCCCCUUGAUUUACUAUCUUUAUGCUCGAUAUGUUACUUCACGGCCUAAUCGGUAUAACGGAGCUGAAGAACCCAUAAAGUUCCAUGUGGCAGUUCCGGAAGCCGCUGCUCCUCACUGGAAGGGGCGUCGAUUGAAUCCUCCAUCCAUUAGAUUGGCUGAUGAUCCUUCCUCUAUUCAAAGUUACUGUCCUGCUACUGGACAAUAUUUGGGUACAUUUAUGGCCCAUACUCCAUAUGAUAUAGAUGACAAGAUAGAUAGAGCUAGAAGGGCCCAAAAGGGUUACCAAACGACAUCAUUCAUGGUGAGAAGGAAGCUACUCAAAACACUUGCUCGUUACAUUGGUGAUCAUCAAGAGGACUUUGCUAGAGUGGCCUGUAGAGACAGUGGGAAGACAAGAGUGGAUGCACUGAUGGGGGAGAUCUUAGUGACAUUGGAGAAACUUAAUUGGAUCAUAUCUAAUGGAGAGAAGGCACUUAAACCUUCUCAAAGACCUGGACCUGCUCAUAGACUCAUUGGGAUCUUAAAACAAGCUGAGGUUCGUUAUGAACCUUUAGGAGUAGUUGCAGCCAUUGUUUCAUGGAACUAUCCAUUUCAUAACUUGAUGGGACCAGUGAUUGCCAGUCUUUUCACAGGGAAUGCCGUUAUCAUCAAGUGCUCAGAACAAGUGGUUUGGUCUUCUGUUUGGUUCUUGAAGGUAAUUCAUGCUGCCUUAAAGCUGUGUGGACUUAAUGAAGAUUUGGUUCAAUUGUGCUACUGCUUUCCUGAUACUGCAGAUCAUUUCACUCUGCAUCCUGGGUUGGACCAUAUAACGUUUAUAGGGUCCAAAGCAGUGGCUCAUAAGGUGGUAGCCAGUGCUGCGAAACAGUUGACUCCGUGUGUGGUGGAAUUAGGAGGUAAGGAUGCGGUGAUAGUGUUGGAUGAUGUAACUGACACCAUACAAUCAUUAGCUUCAGUUAUUAUGAGAGGAACAUUCCAAAGUGCGGGUCAAAAUUGUAUAGGUAUAGAGAGAGUCAUCUGCUUACCUAAAAACUACGACCAUUUGGUGUCCAUAUUGGAGUCCAGAAUCAAGGAUCUUCGGUUAGGCUCAGACAUUGACCAGUUGGAUGAGAUCGAUGUGGGUGCGAUGAUCUCAGACAACAGAUUCAGUCAACUUGGAGACCUCAUUGAAGACGCCCUUGAUAAGGGGGCCACCCUCUUACAUGGAGGCAAGCAGUAUCAUCAUCCUAACUAUCCUCAGGGUCAUUAUUUUGAGCCUACACUAUUGGUAGAUGUUACGAAAGACAUGAGGAUCUUUAAUGAAGAAGUGUUCGGUCCUAUAUGCACCAUAGUGCGGUCACGUGAUGUGGAUGAAGCCAUUGAACUUGCAAACAGUACAGAGUAUGGAUUAGGAGGGUCAGUUUUCAGCAACGACUUCAAUGCCGCCAAUGACGUGGCCAAUAGAUUAAAGACAGGCAAUGUGGCCAUUAAUGACUUUGCUACAUUUUAUGUGUGUCAGUUACCAUUUGGAGGCAUCAAGAAAUCAGGUUACGGUAAGUUUGGAGGUGAAGAAGGUUUAAGAGGUUUAUGUAUUGAAAAAUCAGUGGUUAUGGAUAAAUCUUUAUUCAGAGCUUUGGGAGUAGCCACUUCUAUUCCUCCACAAAUUGACUAUCCCAUAAAGAAUGAUACCAAAGCCUGGACAUUUGUUUCAAGCUUGAAUAAAGCUGGUUAUGAUACCAGAACUUGGGAAAUCGUCAAGGCAUUAAAGAAACUUGGAAAAUAA